CGGGUGAAAUUAAGAUAACAAUCAUUUUGCAUUCCGCUGAAACAGAUUAUAUUUGACUUGAGUCACUGAGAGGUUAAUUCAUAUGGUUGAGUACACGGACAUUUAUUUUGCCUCUCUAAACGGUUAGGUCAUGAUGUGACGUGACGUCACAGGGCUGCGCCUCGGCUGAUCGGCUGCGAGAAGUUUCCACCAUGGUAUUGAUGAGAUCCACUGUGAUAGCUGAAGAUGUGGAGUAUUGCAAGAAAUCAAGUAAAGAUCAGUUCACUGAUAAUGGCUUGGAAAUAUUCCAUCAUUCUACAAGUGAAAAGCAUGUGCAGAAGAAAUGACCUCAUAUGUAACCAUAGGAAUCUACAUAACAUGCUGUUGUAAACAUGGAGUUUAUUAAAGUGGAAAUUGGAGAGACGAGUGAUCAAGAACCAUCCAGAGUGGAAUAUGAAGUUAUUGAGAAACAAAGAGACUUGAUGGGAGUGAAAGGGGAAAGUCAAGAUCAGAAUGAAGUGGAGGAGAAUCAUCAGUAUCAAAAACCCCAUAAUUUUAUAACUGGAGAAAAUUUUAGUUGCUCAGAAUUUGUCAGCAGUUCUUCACAAAAAAGAAUAGGAGCCACAAAGCCUUUCACCUGCCAUCAGUGUGGAAGAAUGUUCACAAACAAAGGAAACCUUGAGAAUCAUUUAAGAAUACACACCGGUGAGAAGCCUUUCACAUGCCUUCAGUGUGGCAAAAGUUUCGCGCGUAAAGGAAAUCUUAAGGAUCACAUACGAGUUCACUCUGGAGAGAAGCCAUUCACAUGCCCUCAAUGUGGAAAGAGUUUCACACGUGAAAGAUACUGUAAGGAUCACAUGAGAGUUCACACAGGAGAGAGCCGUUUUGCAUGCCCCCAGUGUGGAAAGAGUUUCACAUGUAAGGACCAUCUUAAAGACCACAUACGGAUUCACACAGGAGAGAAGCCUUAUGCGUGCCAUCAGUGUGGAAAGAGGUUUUCGCGUAUAGGAAAUCUUAAGGAUCACAUGAAAAUUCAUGCUGGAGAGAAACCUUUCAUAUGCCCUCAAUGUGGUAAAAGUUUCGCACGUAAAGGAAAUCUGAAAGAUCACAUACGUGUUCACUCUGGAGAGAAGCCUUUCACAUGCCCACAAUGUGGAAAGAGUUUCACACGUGAAGGAUACUGUAAGGAUCACAUGAGAGUUCACACUGGAGAGAGUCGUUUUGCAUGCCCUCUCUGUGGAAAGGGUUUCACGUGUAAGGACAAUCUAAAAGACCACAUGAGAAUUCACACAGGAGAGAAGCCUUACACAUGCCCUCAGUGUGGAAAAAGAUUCUCACGUAAAGGAACCCUUAAGUAUCACACAAGAAUUCAUACUGGAGGAAUGCCUUUCAAUUGCCCUAAGGAUGGAAAGACUUUUACACAUGAAGGAUACUUUAGGGAUCACAUGAAAGUUAACUCUGGAAAGAAGCCCUUUGCAUGUGUUCAGUGUGGAAAGAGUUUCGCACAUAAAGGAUACUUUAAAGAUCACAUGAGAAUUCACACUGGAGGGAGCCCUUUCACAUGCUCUCAGUGUGGAAAGAGUUUCACACAGAAAGGACACCUUAAUGCUCACAUACGGAUUCACACUGGAGAGAAGCCCUUCACAUGCCAUCAGUGUGGGAAGAGUUUUACCCGGGCAACAUAUCUUCAAAAUCAUCUGCGUUCUCACUCUGGAGAAAGGCCGUUUAACUGUGAUCAGUGCAGCCAAAAAUGUAUUUUGCCAAGACAAUUGAAGACCCACCUUAAAAUUCAUACAAACGAGAGGCCCUACUUGUGUUCUUUUUGUGGCAAGACUUUUUUAUGGCUUAGUAAUUUUACACAUCAUCAGAAAAUUCAUACUGGUGUGAAAGCUCAUUUGUGCACUUUGUGCGGUAAAGCUUUUACUAGAGCUGGCAGCUUGAAAAUACACCAAAGAAUCCAUACGGGAGAAAAACCAUACACAUGUUCACAUUGUGGAUAGGGUUUUACUGAGACUGGAAAGCUGAAACAACAUGAGAAAGUGCAUACUGGAGAUACUCCUCAUCUUCAUGUGGGAAGAGUUUUGCACAGUUACAUACUCUGCUGACUUGUAUAUAAAAAAGCAUUGCUCUAAGUUGUCACUGUAACAAACGUUUAUUCCUCUUUGGUUUGUUUCAAUUCCACUGUCACUUCUUAGAUUUUCACUUAUUAGUGAAAAAGUUUCAUUUUAUGUGAUGUUGAAGUAUUAUUUCAGAAAAUUGCUGUUUCUGUGAAAUGCUACAUUUUUUAAUACAGUAUUUAAAGUAAUACAUUUUGAUUUUGCAUGGUAGAUAAGAGAAGAGUGUUGUGUUGUAAGAAGCUUAACCAGUCAACAACUCUCACAGUGUGGAUAUGAAAAUAAGGUAUUUUAAAUUAA